UAGCUGGUGUUUGUGAAAAAGCCUGUCAUGGAAAGGAGGGGAAGAGCCGGUGGCUGAGCCAGCUCAGAAAAACACGUGGGGAAUUUCACACUGGGAGUCACUGUGAGCUGCAGGAAAGAGCCAGAACACGUUGUGCAAAGGUCUUGACUGUUUCAAUAUUGCCUUGUGCCUCCCUUUUGCCCUCUCUUCUAGAUAUUAAAAAAUGACUGUCUGCUGACAGCGUUUGAUGGCAGCGGGGUGGGUUUGGGCACUGGGAAUGAGGAAUUCAGAGCAGUGCAGGACAGGCAUCGCCUCUGCUGCCCUGUGCUAUGAGCCCAGAGUCCCUUCUGCAUCCUCAGCAGCCUCCCUGGGGUGGGAGUGCAAACAGCCCCUGGCUUUUGGGGUUAAAUCUCUGUGAGGGAUGGCCUCAACCCCCCAGAGCUGACAGGGUGCCCUGGCCGUGUGUUGCAGGCUGGAUUUGGCCAUGGUGCAGCUGGAGCUGUGGGCGGCCGCGGCGCUGAUGCUGCUCGGGGCGGCCGUCAGCCUCUGCGUCAGGUGCCAGCUCUCGGCUACCAAACGGGAGACACAGCUGAAUGAGCGGAGGAGCCAGCUCGAAAGCCAGCAGAGAUUUGAGGUGAUUCGAUCCCAUACCACUGCAACCCGAAGGCUGGAAAAAAGUAAGGAACCUGAAAAGUUAUCGAUAGCAAGUAAAGCCAACGAGGAGCUCAGUGCUUCCCAUCACACUGGAUAUGGGAGCAGGGACGAGGCCAGGUACCAGAAUUUCCUGGCAGAGAACUGCCUGCAAGAAGAUACUGCCUAUGUGGAGCCCAUGUCUCUGGAUCACUACUACAAUUGCACCAGGCUCUUCAGACCACCCUGUGGUAGAUCUCCAGACAAGCCAGAGAAAGACGAGGAUUCCUAUUCCUAUGAAAAUGUCAUCAUUGGAGUGUCUCAGGGUUCUGAUCCAGAUGAGGCUGCAGACUAUGAGAACAGCAUGACAAUACUCACAUGGAAACUCCAGCAAGGGCAAGCCCCGGUGACAGAAAGCCUGGAUGAUGAGCCAGACUACAUCAACACAGGUCCUGCUGUCAGAGCAAAGGCACAAGAACUCCAAAGUGCUCUGGAGCAGCUGGAGCCAGCACUGCUCCAUGCUGUGGACAGGGACACCCAGAGCCCCUGCUCUGGGCAGGGAUUCCCUCAGCUGAGCCCUGCCUGCUGUGCUAAGACCACACAUCCUGCCCCAUUAUCACCACCAGCCUGAUGUUGCUGAUAAAGAAUUACUCAAGGUAGAUAAAGUGAAAAAACUGCAGAGAGCUGCAGGAAGGUUGUAUGACACUGAGGGACAGUGAAUGAUGUGCUGGUCAGUGCUG